AAAUGCAUGUGCGCGCUUUGGUAUAGUUACAGACAUAGACCAUGUACAGCGUCGCAUAGCAGACAUCGGUCUAUUUAUUCAAGACAAAGUCAUGUUGUUAGUUUUUCUUGCCGUCGUUGGGAUAAGUUCCCAAGUCGUGUUUAGUGAAGAAACGUCCGAUGGUUUACUCGGCAGUAACAUGUCUCCGACAUUGGUGAAUCUGGCGAAUCAGUUCAACGACCUGAAAAAUACGGUUAAAUACUUUGAGGCUUCACGCAUCAAGUUUACUGAAGAACUGAGUGAGCGUGUUACAGACCUGGAGCGGGAACGUGCGGCGGAUGUGCGCUGUGUUGACAAAAGUCUCACAGACUUGAAACAUUUACACGAUAAAGACAGACAAACUAUUCUUAAUUUGACAGAAACAGUGCAAUCCUUGAAAUCAGAAAACAUGGCUUUAAUGACAAUGCUGAAUGACGAAGUUCCACCAGCCCAGGAGGAUAGUCCUUAUUCUUCAAGAGUAGUUCGGGGAGUACAAACAGCCUACGACUAUGUAAAUACUCGGACAGGUUCAUCUGAGGGAACUGUUGCGUUCCAUGUUCUCCUUACUCGUCCCCUGCUAAACCCAGGUUUACACCAAACCAUUGUCUUCGACAAGAUCACCACGAACGUCGGCGCUCAAAUCAGCAACAACACCGGAGUUUUCUCCUGUAAUCAGCCUGGUGUUUAUGUGUUUUCGUGGCAGGUCCUUCUACAAGGUUCGCAAUAUAUGAUCUCCGAACUAACUAAAAACGGUAUGAGAGUUGGGUCACAAGAGAUAGGUAAUACUCAAAACACGGUAUCGGGAUCCUCCACCGCGGUAGUAGAGUUGGAUAAUGGUGAUGAGGUAUGGGUAAGUAUCGCUGCUCACUCACAGGGAUCUGGUGUUGAGCCACACCUCACUAUGUUUGCAGGGUUCCGACUGCCAUAGUGCAGAUAUGAGCAAGACAUUGUGUUAUAUUUUCUUGUUACACGACUCAGGAUGAAAUAAAAACUGACCAGGAUA